AGAGAAAGAGAGACAGAGAGUUGUACUGCCUCGAGAAGUUUUAGGAGGCGGAGGAGAGGUUAAGAAGCGGUUGAGGUGGUGGAGGUGGUGGGAGUUUGCAGUUAAUCGUUCUUCCUCCCUCGGCCUCGUUCUACGAAGGAGGGGGGUAGAAGGGCGGGCUUCAAACGUUGACAUUCAUCGUACCACCUCUACCACUUCCAGCUCCGAAUCCCUCCCUCCCUCCCUCCCUCCUUUUUGAGUCUCAAAAUCGUCUUUUGGAAAGAAUCUACAUUUCGUCAUUCGGCGUCUGCUUCAGCCGGGGAGUUCCUCCUUCGAGUCUUCGGGAGCAGGAAGAACCAAAGGUGGCACCUUUUCCAUGUAAUCGGGGCUCCGAAGGAUCUCGAGGACAGCCAGGAAGGACGAGCGAUGGAGGGGUGGUUGUACGUCAUCCGACCCAAUCGCCUGGGCUUGCAGAAGUCCCGGAAAAGGUACUUCGUUCUCGAACAUAACGCCCUCAAUUGCUACAAGAACGCCCCGACGUCCAACAGAGAGAAUCCUAAAAGGACUGAACUCAUCGGUUCUUGGACACGUGUAACAGACAAUGGUAGAGAAAGCUUAAAGAAAAAUGUAUUCUAUGUAUUUAGCCUCACUAGCAUUUCCAAUCCCAACAAUCAACUAAAGUUGGGUGCAAGAAGCUCUGAAGAUGCAGCUAGAUGGAUCAAAUCCUUAACGGAAGCUGCAUUUGAAAACCCACACCGAGAGGAGAAUGUUGUUGCAUGCUCAAAGAAACGAUGGCAAACUAUUAGGAAGAACCGCAGGAAUGCAAAAGUUCACAUGCAUUCUAUAGACUGGACAGUUUUCUCUUCUAUGAAUGCUGAUCCAGUGACGUUGGAUGUCAUUGCACCUUCCAUGUGGACAAUAAUCACAUGUAAAAAUGGCUUAAGGCUGUUCAAAGAAGCAAAAGACACUGAUUUUCCCACUAAGCAUUGGGAUGAUUAUCCAGCUAUAAUGGCUGUUGGAGUGGUUGGUGCAGCUUCUGAGGCCAUUUUCCAGACAGUUAUGUCGCUCGGACAGUCAAGAUCAGAAUGGGAUUUUUGCCUGCUGGAAGGUAAUGUGGUUGAGCAGUUGGAUGGUCAUACAGAUAUUAUCCACAAAAAAAUGCGUGGUGAUUGGCUACCAUGGGGAGCAAAAAAGAGAGACUUAUUGUUAAGGCGUUACUGGAGAAGGGAAGAUGAUGGAACAUAUGUUAUCUUAUACCACUCGAUCGUCCAUUACAAAUGCCCACCUGAAAAAGGCUAUAUUCGUGCCUGCCUUAAAAGUGGAGGCUAUGAAAUAUCGCCUGUAAAUCAAGGAAAUCAAUCAAUUGUAAAGCAUAUGCUUGCAAUUGAUUGGAAGUUUUGGAAACCGUACAUGCUUACCUCAUCUGCAAUUGGUAUUACAAUGAAGAUGUUAGGGAGAGUUGCAGCUCUGCGAGAAUUCUUCCGAGCAAGCUCAGAUUUCUCAGCCGAUGGCUUGACAAGAGAGAUAGUAUUGCCACAGGUCGAGGAACAAAUUAAAUUAGACAUGCAGUCCAUGGAGGAGAAUAGUAAGAUGAAGAUUUUAACAGAAGAGUCACACAGGUUUCCUAGCAUUGGAUCGUUAAAUCAAAUGAAUGAUGAAGAUGAUGAGUUCUUUGAUGUUGUUACUGAUUCAGAAUAUGAUCAAACAGAGAAGUUCUGGCAUUUUGACCAAAGUCUGCGAUCUCCCUUGGUUCAAGACCAAUGCGAAGACAAACUAUCCAGAACAACAGUUUUCAUGAUGUUGCAUGAUAUCACAGUUCAAAAAGGAGAUUAUACUGAGUUAAAAGAGGUAUCUAUUGAGAAAGAUAGAAUGCCUGCAUCGCCACUUAAGAAAGAUAGCCUGUCUGCACUGCCACUUAAGAAAGAUCCUUUGGGCAUUGUUAGCUAUGGAACCACUCUUACAAAAGAUCCUACCUAUACAGCCGCUUGCAGUUGGGCGACAGCAGAUCCUUCGUUAUUUUUAAUUCGCGGUGAAUCUUACUUACAAAACCAUCAAAAGGUAAAAGCCAAUGGCACCUUGAUGCAGUUGGUUGCUGCUGAUUGGCUAAAAUCAGAUAAGCGUGAGGAUAAUCUUGGUGCGCGACCUGGAAUCGUUCAGGAGUAUGCAGCACAAGGAGGCAGUCAGUUUUUCUUUAUUGUGCAUAUACAGGUACCGGGUUCGACCCUGUACAGCCUAGCUCUAUAUUACUUGACAGAUGGUCCUUUGGAGAAUGCUCCUUUGCUACACAACUUUGUCAGAGGAGAUGAUGCAUACAGAAAUUCCAGGUUUAAGCUCAUCCCAUAUAUAUCGAAGGGUUCUUGGAUAGUGAAACAAAGUGUCGGUCAAAAAGCGUGUCUUAUAGGUCAAGCUCUUGAUAUCAAUUAUUUUCGUGGGAGCAACUAUAUUGAGCUAGCAGUCGAUGUUGGAUCAUCAACAGUCGCUAGGGGUGUUAUGAAUCUUGUCGUUGGUUACUUGAACAGCCUGGUGAUAGAAAUGGCCUUCCUAAUUCAGGGUAACACACAAGAAGAGCUUCCAGAGUCCCUUUUUGGAACUUGCCGUUUGAAUCAACUCGAUGUCGCUAAAGCUGUUCCAGUGAAUCCACGGAGAUCUUAAGGAAUUUACGACCGGGACAAGGAUCCUAAGACCCAGUGUGUAUAUGUAAACAUAAAGGACUCCAUUUUGCGAAUAUGAGGCAAUGUUGUAUAGAUAUUAUGAACUCAUCUUGAGCAUUCAUAAAAGUUGAGGUUUUUGUUC